UGAAACAGUAAAGGAACAGUCAGUGUCACAGCGGUCAGCAUGAUGUCGCCUCGCUGUCCAGCGUCUCUCGUCUUCCUCGUCUUCCUCGUCUGUUUCCUGCAGGUCUUCACUGAAGGACAAGAGUUGCGGCGGGCGGCGCCGGCUCACAGCGUCUUCCUGCGCUCCAAACGGGCCAACAACUUCCUGCUGGAGGAGAUCCUGCAGGGGAACCUGGAGAGGGAGUGCUACGAGGAGCUGUGCAGCUACGAGGAGGCCAGAGAAUGCUUCGAAGACACCGGCAAGACGAACACCUUCUGGUCCAUUUACUACGAUGGGAACCAGUGCCAGCCCAACCCCUGCCUCCACGGGGGGAACUGCACCGACAAAGUGGGGGGGUUCAUGUGCUCCUGCGAGCCCCCCCACUACGGACCAGUCUGUGAACUGGGACUACUGGAGGAGACCAUACCUGUCGUUAGAAAGAAACCACUCCUGAAAGCCAAAGCAGAAAUCCCCGAGUGUCCGACUGAAGGUCCGACAGCGUGUCACCAGCUGUGCACGGCGCUCUAUCGCUCCUUCACCUGCUCCUGCAUGCCGGGAUUCAAACUGCAGAGCGACAAACGCAGCUGUCUGCCGGAAGUGGAGUUCCCCUGUGGACGACUUCCUCACAAGCUCAACGGCACAACGUUACCCUGGCAGGUGUCCCUGCUGGACCUCGGAGGGGCGGAGUUAUGUGGCGGCGUGGUGCUCGGUCGACGCUCCGUCUUGACCGCCAGACGUUGCCUUCAGGGAACCGACCUGCGACCCUCCAGCUUCUUCGUCCUCGCCGGCAACAAGAAGAUCCUCGCCGGCGUCCGGGCCCUCUACACCCACAACCGGUUCCACCCUGAUGACCGUGAGUACGACCUCGUCCUCCUCGAGCUCAUCAACGCGUUGCCCUUCGGCUCCGACCUCGUCCACCUCUGCCUGCCCACGAAGGACUUCAGCGAGAACAUCCUGACGCCUGCCGGGAGGACGGGCGUCACCGAGGUGUGGAACCACAACCACAACCGGGACAAGGACAAGGACAAGGAACAGAACCUGGUCUACAUGACGCUGGACGAGUGUCGCAGACAGCUGAACGUGUCGCACCCUCUCAGCAACAAGAUGUUCUGCAUGAGGAACCCGAAUGGAGCCGAGGGAAGUGGAAAGGAAGUCCAAGAGGAACCUUUAAGGAGCCAACAUGGAGGUCAGGGGAGGAGCCAGAACCAGAGCCAGAGCCAGGCGAGUUCAAAUGGAACCGAGAACCGCCUCAGUUCAAAGACUGAAACUCAGACGCUCUCAGAAUCAGACGCCACUUCGGAGUCAGCGGUCGGGCGGUGCAGCGAGCUGUUGCCGGGGGCGCCGGUUGCCACGGUGGAGCAGGAGACAGCCUUCCUGACGGGGCUGCUGAUGUCGAAGUCGUCGGGCUGCGGUGGCGGCAGCGGUGGCGGCCUGGUGUUCACCAAACUGUCCCGCUACCUGUCGUGGAUCAAAGCGAGGCUGGAGGCGUCCGAGAGUCACAUGACCUCACAAAUCAGUCUGUACCCCGAAAACCACUGAAGCCCCCCCCCCCCCAAAAAAACCCCACCAUCCAAAACUCUUUCCAAUUAAGAGCGAACUGACUCUUAUUCCACUUGUUAAAAUAUUUCCUGAAUUGCCCCCGAAAAUGUUUUUAUUGAUCACUUCUUCAUCUGCUGGUGCGUUCGAGGACGCUCGGACAUUUGACCGCCGAACACUUCUCACAAAACUCACUGAAGGGGGGAACGGGGUUGGGGUCGUCACAUUCAUUAGAUGUCCGUCUCUAGAUGGCGCUGCUGUUAAAAAGUGUUGGUACUAAAAGGUUCGGAGUUUAGGUGAGAUGUUACUAAACCACCUGACACUGACAUGAGAGGACAGUUGAGUGUUUCUAAAUGUCCAACUCUUCAAUGUUUCUCUUCUUUUACACAACUAGUUUGUAAUAAAACAUCAUUAUGAUUAAAAAGUAUGAAGAGAAAGCCAGUUUAAGUACAACAUGUGGCUGUCAGCUUCCAGUUGGGGAUGUUUGUCUGAGUUUCUUCUUCAGAUUUUUGUGUCUUUUGUUCCAUAAAACAGGAGAACAGAAUUAUUACAAUGAAUUAAAUUAAAUACAAAGGAUCCAACAA